UGCUGUUGCUGCCGACUCAAAGCUCACAGACUCGCUCGGCGCCUCAAACCGCCAUUUUGGAGUCAGAGAACCGAGAGUCGGCAGCAGCGGGGAGAGAGACGCGAAAAAAGGGGGACACGGGGCUGAGGAGAUUUUCACAAUUGUCUGAUCAUUAAUCUUGGAAUCAAGAACAAUGGCAUCCUUUACUGAGAAGUAAAAGUUGCUGCCCUGCUGGGCAGAGGUGUCUGUGGUGCAUGGCGUCAGGUCAGGGUGGCCGACUGGAGGCGGGGGCAUCAGGGAGCUCUGGCCUGGCCAAACCUCUCUACCUGCAGCGCUUGGAAAGAUCCCUGAGGCUGGACAGUUUCCUGCGCCAGACAGCCGCCAUCUUCAACGGAGACAUAACCAGUGAUGACAGUGACGACAGCGAUGGUGCACUGGAGACAGGGCUGUCCCUGGACCCCUCACUCAGUCAGCACACAGCUUUGACAGUGAAGAGUGAGUCAUGUGACCAAGGGGACAGGUUGUCAGAGGGAAAGCCCCUCAAUGGAGUUCUGCUGCAGGGUAAAGAUCAAAAGGCAGAUAAAACAAACCUCUACAAUUUCUCCAAGCUGAAGAAGAACAGGAAAUGGCUUAAGAGUAUUCUGUUGAGUGACGACACCACAGACUCAGACACAGACUCGGAUGACUCUGACUUCAGCUUGUCCCGGGAGGAGCUGCAUGACAUGCUGCGGUUACAUCGCUACACCAGGCAGCAUCAGAGCAAGUUCCACUCUGACCAGGAGCUUCACCAAUAUCAGUACUACAGCACUGGACUCCUCUCUUCCCAUGACCCCUUCUAUGAGCAGCAGCGCCACCUACUGGGCCCGAAGAAGAAGAAAAUCAAAGAUGAAAAGAAAUUCAAAGCCAAAUUGAAAAAGGUGAAGAAGAAGAAGAAACGAGGAGAGGGAGAGUUUCUGGAUGAUGGGCGUCCUUAUAUCACCAAGAUCUUCGCAAAGUUUUCCCAUGAUGCUCCGCUGCCCGUGGUGAAGAAGAAGCAUCUCACCAUCGAGCAGCUGAACGCGCGGCGACGUAAGGUCUGGCUCACCAUCGCCAAAAAGGAGAUUCCCAAGACUUUCAAGCAGAAGACCUCUGCUAAGAACUUAGUAUUGACCAAUGCUAAAAAGUUGGCCCAUCAGUGCAUGAGAGAGGUUCGCCGUGCAGCUAUCCAGGCCCAGAAGAACUGCAAGGAGACGUUACCCCGCGCCCGCCGCCUCACCAAGGAGAUGAUGCUCUACUGGAAGAAGUACGACAAAGUGGAGAAGGAGCACAGGAAGAGGGCGGAGAAGGAGGCCCUGGAGCAACGCAAGCUGGACGAAGAGAUGAAAGAAGCCAAGCGGCAGCAGCGUAAACUGAACUUCCUCAUCACCCAGACAGAGCUGUAUGCUCACUUCAUGGGCGGUAAAGCCAGCAGUGCAGACGGGGAAAUGUCUCAGGAGGAAAUUCUGAGAAAGCUGGAAGACACCGCGGGCCACAGACAGAUCGACAUCGGGGGAGGUGUUAUGGUCAACAUGGGACAGGAGGACUAUGAUGAUCGUAAUGCCUUUUCAGAUAGCGAUUACUACAAGUCCCGGGCCUUGAGGAACGCCAAAGAAGCCUUCCAGAUUCAUCAAGAGAGAACGCGGAUGUUCGAUGAGGAGGCUAAGGACAGUCGCUGCGCGUCGGUACAUGCCGCCGUUGGCCCGUCCUCCGGCUGCGGGUUCGGAGAGAGCUACAGCCUCGCCAACCCGUCCAUCCACGCGGGGGAAGAAAUUCCUCAGCCCGACAUCUUCAUCGGCAAACUCAAGGGUUACCAACUCAAGGGCAUGAACUGGCUGGCCAACCUCUACGAACAGGGAAUCAAUGGAAUCCUGGCAGAUGAGAUGGGACUCGGGAAGACGGUGCAGAGUAUCGCCCUGUUGGCUCACUUAGCAGAGAGAGACAACAUCUGGGGUCCAUUCCUGAUCAUCUCUCCUGCAUCCACGCUCAACAACUGGCACCAGGAGUUCACCCGCUUUGUGCCCAAAUUCAAGGUGUUGCCAUACUGGGGGAAUCCACAUGAUCGUAAGGUGAUUCGGAAAUUUUGGAGCCAGAAAACCCUUUACACUCAAAAUGCGCCGUUCCAUGUGGUGAUCACGAGCUACCAGCUGGUGGUCCAGGACGUGAAGUACUUUCAGAGGGUCAAGUGGCAGUACAUGGUUCUGGAUGAGGCCCAGGCACUGAAAAGCAGCACCAGUGUUCGGUGGAAAAUCCUUCUGCAGUUCCAGUGUCGAAACAGGCUGCUGCUCACCGGGACGCCCAUCCAGAACACAAUGGCUGAGCUGUGGGCCCUGCUGCACUUCAUCAUGCCUACAUUGUUUGAUUCCCAUGAAGAGUUCAACGAGUGGUUCUCCAAGGACAUCGAGAGCCACGCUGAAAACAAGUCUGCCAUCGACGAGAACCAACUUUCCAGACUGCACAUGAUCCUCAAGCCUUUCAUGCUGCGCAGAAUCAAGAAGGAUGUUGAGAACGAGCUCUCAGACAAGAUCGAGAUCCUGACCUACUGCCAGCUGACUUCCCGGCAGAGGCUGCUCUACCAGGCUCUGAGGAACAAGAUCUCCAUCGAGGAUCUGCUGCAGUCCUCCAUGGGCACGUCGCAGCAGUCCCACAACACCACCUCCUCCCUCAUGAACCUGGUCAUGCAGUUCAGGAAGGUGUGUAACCACCCUGACCUGUUUGAGCGCCAGGAGACUCGCUCUCCUUUCCACAUGUCCCUGAAGCCCUUCACCAUGUCAAAGUUCCUCUUCCGUCACGGCCUCAUCCACGCACACAACCAGGCCAGAAACAAAUUACUUCAAGUGCUGUUGUCUCCCUUCUCCCCAAAUCACAUCCAGCAGUCUCUUUUUCACAGAAAAGGUGAUGACAAAGGAAGCUGUUUCUCCUUCCUGCGCUUCAUCGACGUGUCACCGGCUGAGAUGUCCAAUCUCAUGCUGCAAGGCACCUUAGCAAGAUGGUUAGCUCUUUUUCUGUCCCUCAAAGCCUCAUAUCGGCUCCACCAUCAGCGCCUCUUCGGCCCUGAAGGAGAGGGCCAGGAGGAAGCCGGAGACUCGCAGGGGGAGAGUGGGAGGUUACAGCCCAGGAGUAAGUGUCUGUCUCACAAGGACCUAAUUCUGUGGCUGAACAGACCCACCAACUUCCCAAACAUGCAAACCAGCCCUGUCAUACAGGACCUGGUGUUCACAGCCUUAAGACCCGGCAUGAUGGGACACACAGAUGUGAAGAUCCACAGUCGAAACUAUUCCACCACCACGCUGCGGCCCUGUCAGCUAACCCUACCACCCAAGUUCCUGCUAGCUGCCACGCCCAGGGUGACAGCAGUUCCCAUGGAGCGUUAUUGUGACGACCGCAGUGCAGAGUACGAGUGGCGGGUGACACGCAGCGGAGGGGGCGCCGUCUUCAAACAGUGUUUCCUCUACGGCUCCCCGGAACUUGCCUCAGACUGGCUCGCGAGGUCCAACGCUUUCCACCCACAAUGCCCCGGGGGUGUGAUGGCCCUCUACCCGCGGCACGGAUGGUCCUACAUUCGGAUACCUGAUAAGGAGAGCCUGAUCACGGACAGUGGCAAACUCCACACCUUGGAUAUCCUGUUGAGUCGGCUAAAGAACCACGGACACAGAGUCCUCAUCUACUCCCAGAUGACCCGCAUGAUAGACCUACUGGAGGAGUACAUGGUUUAUCGUAAGCACACCUACAUGCGCCUCGAUGGAUCCUCCAAGAUUUCUGAGCGCAGAGACAUGGUGGCUGACUUCCAGAGCCGGACGGACAUCUUUGUGUUUCUGCUGAGUACGAGGGCCGGAGGUCUCGGCAUUAACCUGACUGCUGCUGACACCGUCAUCUUCUACGACAGCGACUGGAACCCCACGGUGGACCAGCAGGCCAUGGACCGAGCUCACAGGCUGGGUCAGACCAAGCAGGUCACCGUCUAUCGGCUCAUCUGCCAGGGGUCCAUCGAGGAGAGGAUCCUUCAGCGGGCCAAGGAGAAAAGCGAGAUCCAAAGGGUGGUGAUCUCUGGAGGCAACUUCAAACCAGACACACUCAAACCCAAAGAGGUGGUCAGCCUGCUAUUGGACGACGAUGAGCUGGAGAAGAAACUGCGUCAGAGACAGGAUGAGAAGAGGCAGGUGGAAGAGUGCAGCAAAGUGAAGGAACGCAAGAGGAAGAGGGAGAAGUACGCCGAGAAGCAGAGGAAAAACGAGGAGUCGGAGAGCAAGAAGAAGAAGGAGGUGAACCUGGUCAUCUCUCAUGCGCCCUCGGCCGACAACUCCAACCUCUCCGCAGAUGGAGACGACUCCUUCAUCAGCGUUGAGAUGGACUCGGCCAUGCCCAGUCCCUUUAGUGAGAUCUCCCUGAGCAGCGAGCUCCAGCCCGGCUCGUUACCCCCGGACGCCGACGCGGACGAGAGCAGCAGCGACAUGCUGGUCAUCGUGGACGACCCGGUGUCCUCGGCGCCGCAGUCUCGCGCCACCAACUCCCCGUCCUCUGUGUCUGGAUCAGUCUCUGACAACAUGAACGGCGUUUCAGCCUCCGAAGCAAUCAGUCCCGGCAGAGGCAGGUCUGCGCGGAGUCGGGGGCGGCCCAAAGGUUCAGGAGGCGGAACGAAGUCGGGAGGGAAAGCACGUGGGCGCAAGUCCACCGCGGGCAGUGCGGCGGCCAUGGCGGGGGCGAUGGCCGGUGCGGCGGCUGCUUCUGCGGCAGCUUAUGCUGCUUACGGUUACAGUGUUUCUAAAGCAGGCCUCGCUGCGUCCAGCCCCCUGCAGCCUUCCCUGGGCCGGUCCGGUACCAGCCCCGCCUUCAACCCCAGCAGGAGCUCCUCCCCCAGGGCAAAGGAGGCUCCUCCACACCGACGACGAGCCCCCACAAACAGCUGGCCCACAGCCACCACCACCACAGCAGCCACGGAGCAGUCAGGAAGGGCAAGGGCCCCAGCGGUCCCGGGGCUCGAUGAUGCAAACUGUACACACACAAAUGUGCCCACCACACACACACACACACACACACACACACACAGAUAACUGACCUGCUCUCACUGUGAUCCCAACAGCGACUUUAUGCCUAAACUAAUAGGGAAUGCAGAAAAAAUAUAGUAACAGAGGUUCACUACCUGGAGGACCAUGCUGCAUCUGCUGGCUCAGCAACUAAAAAUGACCCUCUUCACACACACACACACACACACACACACACACACACACACACACACACACACACACACACACACACACACACACACACACACACAAUCAUUUGAAGGUACAGUCCCAACCAGCCUUCACAUUUCUCGGUUUUAAUUUAAUGAGUCCUGAUCAGUGGACAAAAUCCGCCUUGAGUAUCUUUGUUUGCAUUGCGACAAAAGUAUUUCCAAAUGCUUUUUUUGAGAAGACAAGACUGUACUUUUUUCUAUUCGUGACAGGAAGCUCUUUUGAUUUGCUACCUAGCUGUGAUGUUACAACAUAAAGGUGAACCGACACACGUAGGUUAAAGGGCUUUGAAAUGUUUUGCCAGUUCAAGGAGGCAAAGGAGUAUAACUGUCAAAUGCACUGAGCCACGUCUUCCGUUUUUUUUUUUUUUUUUUUGGUGUUGUAUAUUCUCACACAUGUACAUUAGGUUAUUUAAUUGUUGUGUAGAUAUGCUCAGUGCAAACUGUCGGAUGGUUCUUCAUUUCACAGAGCUGUGAACGUGUAUAUAUAUAUAUAUAUACACCUUACCACCCCCAAACUUUACCAAACAAUAUCGACAGCUUUUCUACUAAAGCUCCUAUUUUUGUAAUCAAUGAUGCGCGUGAGUACCCAUACCAACAUGGCAGGUCUUAGCAUUUUGAAAAUCUUUUUGUCCAUAAAAUGUUUUCCCCGUUACAGACGGAAAUGAAAAUCAGUGAUUUAUAUUUUUUGUCCGAUGGGAAAAUGAAUGAAUGGAUGAUGUGGAAAAAAAUGAUAUUCCGAAACGAGGAGUACUGGUUGAUCCGGCAAUGCUGCUAACAGUAAAUUUAUGAAUUAACUCAGAUUAUUUGGUUGUCUUUACUUAAGUUAUUUCAUUUAUGUUGAAAAUAAAUGGGCAAUUCAUAAUUGUUGCGAAUGGGGUAUUCAUCUGUAAAACUGUGUAAAUUGUACUGAAGCCAUUUUUUUUAUUUUUCAGAAAUUGCUUCUUUUUUUUUUUUUUUUUUUUUUUUUUUUUUUUUUCGUGAUGAGUCUGCUGUUCUCUUUGAUGUCAUUGAUGUUUUAGGAACGAAAGUUUGCAUCAGUGUCCUAAGUUGAGCACUACAUCUGUUAUAGGCUUUGUUUGUUUUGUGUUAAUAGUGUGAUUAAAAAUCCGAUGUUCUAUAUUGAUGUACAUAAUGAUGAGAGCGACGUUUUCUUUUGGCUUUUCCCCUCAUUUGCCUGUCUAUUUUUAUAGGUCAUGUGUACAUACGAAGAAAUGCGUCUGCCAUUUUACUAACAGGAGGAGCCAACUGAAAAUAAAAAGAGUGCUUAAUCAGC